AAUCACACACAACUGACCGUUUCUUCAUCGCAGGGAAGCGCUCGUAAAGAGAGUGUCAUUCAAGUUUGUCUGCACAGGUUGUAACGGACGGUGCGACGGAUUUACACUCACACUUACCAACUGCGGUGUUUUUUUGUUUUUUUUUGAGGGGGGGAGCCCGGAGGGAGAGAAAACUUCACUGCUGCAAAAGGUGCGUCAGAGGACGAACACCCAAACCGUAGCUCCUUAACUGAGUUUAGGUAACUGUGGGCUUCAGGUAGAAUUCAUAUUUCGCGAUAACUAAUAGGUGGAUUGACUUUGACAAAAAUGUAAAACAUUUCAUAGUUAAUGCUGGACACGGUAACUGUGAUGUAAACUAGUAUUUCAUUGCUUAAAAACCGGGUAGUGAUGCUACUGGUGUUUCUCAUGUAGAAAAGGUGUGUCGUUUAAAGGGGUUCUAACUAAAUAGAGAAUAGAGAGGAAGUAAAUAAAAAAAAAAAUAUUAGUGCACAUUCACAUUUUCAUUAACCUGUGUUCACAGUCAUGUGCCAUGCACCACUACCAUCUUAAUUUGUUGGAUGGUGAUCUUUUCGUUAGUUAAUGAACAGCUGUGUGUUAGCUGGUAGCAAAUAAGAAUCACAAUGUUAAUCAGGUGACUCUUAUAUUUAAUCUGCUGCAUGUGUUCAGACACAUGCAUCUCCUGCAGUAGGUCCUCGGUACGAUCAGUGUUCUUCAACCCCUGCAACAUCUUCUUUCUGCUGUUUAGGUGUCCUGCAACUAAAUUUGUGGGAUUUGGUCAUAAUCAUCAGGUACUAUGGAGCUGUCUCUGGCCCACCCGGCUGUUAAAGCGUUUAUGUGCGGCUCUCUCAGCGGGACCUGCUCCACUCUGCUGUUUCAGCCUCUGGACCUGGUUAAGACCCGCCUGCAGACACUGCAGAGCAACAUGCAACCUGGUUCAGGCAGAGUGGGGAUGAUGUCCGUGCUCCUCAGUGUGGUGCGGACAGAGAGGCUGCUCGGACUGUGGAAAGGAGUUUCCCCUUCUUUCGUUCGGACCAUCCCUGGGGUGGGCAUCUACUUCAGCACCUACUACUCUCUGAAGCAGCACUUCUGUCAGGACAGCAGCCCAGGGGCCGUGCAAGCUGUGCUGCUGGGAGCUGGGGCCCGAACGGUGGCUGGGGUCUUGAUGCUGCCGGUUACUGUCAUCAAAACACGUUUUGAAUGUGGCAGGUACAGCUAUGUGAGUGUAAGCGGGGCGCUGCGUAGUGUGUGUCAGACCGAAGGCCCUGCAGCCCUGUUCUCCGGCCUGAUGGCGACUCUCCUCAGAGACGUUCCUUUCUCUGGAAUCUACGUCAUGUUUUACAGCCAGACUAAAGCCUCGUUACCUAAAGAAAUCAGUGCCUCUUCUUUGGCCCCCCUGGCUAACUUCGGCUGUGGCAUCCUUGCUGGUGUAUUGGCCUCCCUGAUCACACAGCCUGCCGACGUAGUCAAAACACAUGUCCAAGUAAACCCACAGCUGAGGACGGCGGAGGCCAUCAGAUACAUCUACAUGGAACACAGACUUCAGGGUUUCUUCAGAGGGGCAGUUCCUCGAUCUCUGAGGAGGACAAUGAUGGCUGCCAUGGCGUGGACGGUGUAUGAGCAGAUGAUGGCACGCAUGGGACUCAAAUCAUGAAAGGAACAUUGAAAAUGACCUUGUGAAGAGCAAAAAGGGAGCACACACAAAGAAACUGUGUGAGGGGAAACAACCCAGAGACGCAUCUAAAUGAGUGAUGCGGACAGUCUGCAGUAUUCAGUGUCACACUCUGGGUCUGUGCCUUGUGCCGACGCAGCAUUUCAGACUAACUCAGAUAUGCUGGAUGUUUAGUAUUUGUUCUGCAAGUUGUACACAAUUGAUCCAUGCUACAGUUUUUUUUUUUUUUAAUGCCUCGGUGGAAAUUUGUUGUUUCCAGGAAGAAGAGCACAUUCAUACACAGCGUCUCAGACUGAGCUCAGACAGCUGUCACACACUUUAACCUGGAGAGACUCUGAGCAGUAAAUUAUAAAUCUGUGCCUUUUUUUCUAAUAAGUGUUAUUUAUAUUGUGAUAUAGUGCAAUAAAAUGUGCCUGUAUUUAAUUUGCUUGAACAUGUAAUAACUAACGUGUAUUUAACAUUAAAAAUAUACCUUUUUAUGGACAAAACAGUCAAAUGUUACUGUUUGUGUCAUUGCAUGCAUUAUUUUCUCAGAAUAAAAACGGUCACAUCAUGAGUAAAGCUUUGCUGACCUCUGAACUCCUGCAGGGAAAUUUUCAUGACAAAUUUCUCGUCCAAGGUUGGAACAGAUGAUUAUGACAAAACGGGGGG